CCUCUGUUUCAGUGUGGUUGUGCGGUGACUCGGAACUCGAGUGCGCGGCGCCGGUUGCAGGGAGGAAGCAGCAAACAGACGGGACAGAGCAGACCGAGGAGUGGGACCUUUGGUCUUGGCGUCCGUGAGGAGCGUGAUUUGACAUCCUGUAAUGCUGGAUCAGACACAAGGAAUGCAUGGAUUCAAUUACAUUCAGGAGUGACAUAGUGCUUUCCGAUGUCCAUAUAUACACCCCAAACUCUAGUCACUUGAUGCUAAGACUAAAUGGAAAUGGACAACCAGUUUUUGUGUCAAAGUUCAAAAUCCUACAUAAUGUUAAUGCCUACAGCAAAGGUGUUUUGGAGCACCUGAGCAAUGAAGAAACCAGAGGUGAUGUUGAUGUUAGUGAAAAGAAAGUUGACACGAGAGUGGAGGAAACACACACGAACAUUCUGCUCGAUGAUGAUGGAGAUCUGGAUGUAAUUAGAAGAUCUGAUGGUGUUCUUCAUUCUGAUGAAAAUGAUCAGUGGCGAGAGAUAGUAUAUCCCACAAUAAUAAGUAAAGGGGAAGAAAUUUUCAGUGAGGAGUAUGAGGAAGAUUGCUCUGUUUGCAAUGAGAUCAGAAUAGAACACACAAUGGGUACUGCACUGGAGGAUGUUGGAAAGCAGGUGUGGCGUGGUGCUUUCCUUCUAGCUGAUUACAUUUUAAACAAUCCCUACCUAUUCAAAGACCACACGGUUCUAGAGUUAGGAGCAGGCACAGGCAUGACCAGCAUUGUCAUGGCAACUGUUGCAAAGACCAUUUAUUGCACAGAUGUUGGUGAAGAUCUGCUGAAUAUGUGCGAACGAAAUAUAAUUGCAAAUAAGCAUAUUUAUGGGACAACAGGAAGUGAAAUAAAAGUGAGAGAACUAGACUGGCUGAAAAGUGAAGUUUGCAUAGAUAAAAGCCCAUACUGUUGGUCGGAAGAAGAAAUAGCUCAAUUGUAUGAUCAGACAGAUGUGCUUCUUGCUGCUGAUGUAUUCUAUGAUGAUGAUUUGACAGAUGCAUUUUUUCAGACAAUCUACAGAAUUUUAAGCAAUUUGAGAAAUCCAAGCACAGUAUAUCUCUCUGUAGAGAAAAGACUAAACUUCACAUUGAGAAAAAUGGAUGUUACGUGUGAUGCAUAUGAUCAUUUCCGAUUCUGUUUGACUGAGUUGGAGAACUUGAGUGAUGGAAAAACUAAAUUUGCUGUAGAAUCAGUCAAGCUAACUUUUCCACAACUUCUUUUUUAUGAGCGAGUGGAACAAUUGCCCAACAACACUGAAAAGCUGCGGAGGACUACCUGAGCACCUAUUUGUACAUGAGAGGUGCCUCAUGAAGUGAACCAGGAAUUGUGGAAAAUAAUUGUUGAGCCACUUAGCAGCACACAGCAGUGAAGAGGCUAUUCUAAUUAAAAAUGCCUGCGUUCAGUGCUGCUUAUUGCUGUUUUGUUAGAACUUUAACAGGAGAAAGAAAUGAAGUUAAUUUUAAAUAGUAAGCCACUGUAACUGGUUUACAUUAUUCAAUAUUAUAUUUAUAACUGCAGCAUAUGAAUUAUAGCGUAUACAAUCAUGUUUUUGUUUGAAUUGCAUUUUCUUUGGAGUUGAUACUCAGUGAAUUUUGCAAUGAAUAAGUCAAUACCUCAUUAAAAUAAUAGUAAGAAGAACUUUAUAAUUUAAAAGUACAAAGGACUGCAUACAACUUUUCCCUAGAAAUUUAAGUUAUUUUGUUAGUAUAAGAUAAAUACUGUCUCUAAAAUUUGACAAUUUGACAAAAGAAUGACAUUAUGAUAAUGUUUCAGUAGUAUAUUCUUCACAACUAAAAUGCAUCUCCUUUCAUUUAUCCUCAGUUCCCAGCCUAAGAUAUACAAAUCUAAAUAGAAGUAUGUUCCUUAAAAAGUAAUAAAGGUUUUUUUCAGACAAAAUGAAUUUCAAUUGCUAGUAAGUUAUCAUAUUGAUUCAGAGUAAUCUUAGAAUCUUAUUCCAUAGAAGGCAGCCUUUAAACCCAUUGUGCCUUUCCAAUCACUUUGAAGGAGCUAUUUCUUUAUUCCUUCAGUGCUGAAUUUUACCUAUGGUGCUGUUACAAGUUUAUACACAAUUCUUGUUUAACUCCUUUCUCUGCUCUGAAGAAAAUAACCCUUGUUUCUCCAGUCAACUCGUAUAGCUAUCAUUUCUCGCCCUUGGUAUAUUUCUAGUGAAUUUUAUUUCCACCCUCUCCAAAGCCUCAAUGUACUACUUCAGUUGCACUUAAGCAUUUGCAAGCUAAGUGUAAUUUAUUGUGAUUGAGUUUACAAGAAACUGGUCUGUACUUUAUACAGAUAUAUUUAUGAAUCUAUUUUGGUAAUAAAGGAUUA